ACCUUAUCUUAGGUAAGGCAAGUAGGUGAAGCGAAUAGGUACCUAGGUAGAGCCUCCCGAGUUGCUGGUUUGCUUCACAAGUCUUACACAAACAUCGGUCGGCAGGAAUAUUUCUCUUUCGACGAACCAGAUUUCCACCUCAAAUCCCAUCAGCGCGUCCAUCACCUUCUUGUCGCCAAUUCAUACUUCCAUUAGGUUGUCAUUAAUCAUUCGUCCCCAGGCUUCUGCCCUGCAUCCACCACCCUGGUCAACGUGCAUUUUUAGCAGUGCAACCCACCUGCGGUCUCGGCCUUUCCGCCUGAAGAGCUGGAACAUCAGCGCACCCUCCACGGAACAAUCCUAAAGUUGCAGGCGACUCGUAAUUAGCGGAACCGUCGCGGCAGCGGAAGGAAGCAGCGCUUCAACUGCACACCUCACUGCAAUCUGCAGAGGGACCGGCCCCAGUUCCCGCCUCUAAUCAUCCCGUCUCCUCCCUACCUACAGUCUACCUUACGAGGUCCCCUCUCCCCACUUCCCUUCAACGAUCAUCGGUCUACGCAGUCACAGUACCGUCUUCCCUCCCUCCACUUCUCUUCCCUCGCCUCACUCUCAUCACUGCCCUCUUCGCGACAGGCGCCACAAUGUCGGCUCUUCGCCCGAAUCACAGGGAAAAGGCCCUUCCCAAGAACCUGAAUGGCCUCAUCGACCCGACAAAGACGGGGAAAUACCCCGUCAUCCUGAGCGACACUCUUCUCGGGCGCACCCAGAAAGAGGUCUUUACCUCUGUACGAUACAAUCACAAGCCAGAACUAGCCUCCGAACCAGCGACUGCCAGAUUAAAACCCGAGACUCCUGGCAGCAAGACCAGCUUCGACCUCUCCUUUCCCGACGGCAACAAUGGCAUGUACGGCUACGCCGGUACUCGUACCAUGGACGAUAACCAAUACGUCCUCUACUUCGAUCCAAACAGGAAAGCCUUCAUCCUCGACAAGGUCGAUUCCACCUUCCACAUGAACGUCACCCGCACCCCGACCAACGACAACCCCGAGACCUUGCGCCAGCAAUUCGAGCAGCUCGACACAUCCAUAACCGCCACCCCCGAGGUUCGCAAACCCGCCGCCGCCGAAAGCAAGGACAAGGACAAAUCUCCCGCGAAGCCAGCCUCCAAGGCCACCGGUCCCAAGCGGCCCUCGGCCAGCAGCAACAAGAAAGCCCGUCCACCGCCGCCGCCCAAGAACAUCACCCUCGCCCUACCGACAAACGACGCGCCGCCACCGGCGCCCAAGGCCGCAUCACCAGCCAAGAAGAAGGCCAAGGCGCCCGCGGGCUCGGACGAGGAGGACGACGACGAUGACGACGAUUUUGGCCUGACGAUAGAAUACCCCGACGAGCAGAAGAACAAGAGGGCCGACUUCUCGCCCGCCUUUGCGCCCAACAUCCAGGUCCGCAGCUUCUCCGACUUUUUGCGCGACUCCGAGGCCGACGAUGCCGACGGCGAGUCGGACCUGGAAGAGCGCGACUUCGCAAACUUUAACCUGCCGAGCCCGAUGAACGGCCAGCAGCGGCAACAGCAACACCAUCACGACCAAGAUGAGGAUGCCGAGGGUGAGGUGGAGCAGAUGGAGGUUGACUCAGAGCCCGACUUUGAGGACGCGUUAGAAGACGAUUUGGAGGCGGAGCUGGAGAAGGAGCUUGAGGCUGCGAAUAGCGGCGACGCUGAGGAGAGUGAGGUCAGCGAGGAAGAUUAAAGGCGCCGCCGUCCUGGUGGUACUUUCUUCUUUUUUUGUUGGGAGGCAUCCGUUUGCCAAACUCCUCGCCUUGAUAAGGUGCGAAGGGAGAGUCAAUGUUCAUGGGCAAGUCAUUGGAAGAAGAGAGGUCUUAUCGCGCGUAUUUGGAAAGAAAAUCACCCUCAUAGAGAGCGGCAGGUGAUAUAAUGACGGCGUUUUUUUAACAGCAGGAACCAAAAAGGAGUUUUUGUCAUUUUGUUGGCUUUAUUUUUUUUGCUUCACAUAUCAAGGCGGCCUUCUUUUGCACCGUCAUUACGGGAGAGCCCAAUACAGGCAGAUAUCUCACAGCCGGGUGCAUAUUAUUGUUGUUCUUUCGUCC